AUGGACAUGCAGGCACACACGCACGCGAUCAUGUUUCCUAUUCCAGAUGUGCGGCCGCUUCGAGAAGCUAUCCGUCAGGCCUGGUGGGAGAAGAACUUAAGGCCAGACAUUCUGUCGGUGGAGCUGUCGGAGCCGACACUGUCCACCACGUUUGUUGCCGACGGGAACGAAGACCUCAAGUUCGUGCUAGUCUGCAAGGAGGCUAAUUUGUUUUACAAGGAGUCCCAGCUUGCAAAGCCAGUGCCAUUCGGAAGGGUGUUUCGAGACCCCAGUGUCAAAGAGGAGGGCUUUGACUUGCCGAGCCUGGAGAUCUCCAUCAGUCCGAGCAACGAACCUUCGCCACUGGAGACAGAACUGUGCGAGGAAAGCAUGAUGCCAUCUGUGAUGUACGAGACGCUGCGGGUGCCUCCGCAGAAUGCCCCUGACUGCCCCUUCACCGUCCACUGCCUCUGCUACGAGUCAAACGAGAUCAGCCCACCACGCACAACACGACUACAAGAGCAGGGGACCCAAGAAGGCGCCAAGAGUGACAAGAUGGUGCAGCCCAGCGACAAGGCGACGCUGCGCACCUUCAUCGACAAGACUGCAAGCAACUGCCGCAUCCAACUAGAGUUUCUGCUGCCCUCGGUGGAGCUGACUAUGCCUGACAAGCGGUUCUACGAAAUCAUCUACAACAGGCUUACCAUGGACUUGGUCCUGUGGGAGCCGGUCGUCUCUAGGCUAGUGGCAAGCGGUGACUGCUCGAUCAUUGCCUCCGGCGGUGAUGGGGCUUCGUUCUAUCCCGACAUACGUGCCCCCGGCCAGCUUGUCCAGCAAAGCUCCAUGUUCCAGGAGUUCCACAUGUGCCGGUCGGGAAACAUGCUCGAGUCUGACAACGAGUCCGAUGACGCACCGUCGAUGUUUCACUCGGUGUAUGACAACCAGAGGCGGUCGACGAUGAUCCGUCCCGACCGUUCCCACCUCCAAACGAGGGUCGCACCCUGUCGGAGUUGGCAGACGCAGCUCGUCAUCAACGUUCACAUCACUAAUGGCACUGCCACCCUCAGGACGCCUCUGCGGGAUUCGGAUGGCAAGGUCAUGUCCAAGUACCACGGUCACCUGCGCGUUGCUGUCAAGGAUGCACAGCUGUUUGUGAGCAGCAGUCACCGCGGCGACCCAGACGUCAACUACAUCGUCUUCAACGCGGGCACGGCCAGUCUUCACCACCAAG